UUCAUAGUAAUCUAUCUCUAUAGCUAGAUGUUAGAGUAGUCUUCUAUAUUAUUGUUGCGUGCAUGAUGGAAUCCUCAUCAUCCUCAGCUUCAAGUAAUUCAAUACCCUUAGAAGCUAUUACUAAAUCACAGAGUGAUGCAGAACCCAACUUCUUAACACCGUUAGAAACUAGUGUAAACUCUGAUCCUCUUGAACCUCUACCACUACUGAAUUGUUUGCUUCGUAAACCGCUAUCCACAACGGAACAAGAAUCAGAACAGAAGCUUGGUUUUCAGUCGAUAUACAACCAAAAUGAUGAGCAUGAUGAUGUUACACUUCGUAUUGGUCUUCCAAAUUGCUCCUCAAGCGAUGUAAUCUCAACCAAGUUGAAAGGAAAACGAGAGAAAGAAAUAGUUGCGACGGAUACACAAUAUUGGAUACCCACUGCUGCUCAAAUACUUAUUGGUUUCACUCAUUUCUCUUGUCAUAUUUGUAAGAAAUCUUUCAACAGAUACAACAAUUUACAGAUGCACAUGUGGGGGCAUGGAUCUCAGUACCGAAAGGGACCGGAUUCUUUAAAAGGAGGACAGCCAAGAGCAAUGUUAAACUUACCUUGUUAUUGUUGUACGGAAGGAUGUAAGAACAAUAUAAAUCAUCCAAGAGCUAAACCACUGAAAGAUUUCAGAACACUUCAAACUCAUUACAAAAGGAAACAUGGAGUCAAGCCGUUCAUGUGUAGGAAAUGUGGCAAGUUUUUGGCUGUCAAAGGAGAUUGGAGAACCCAUGAAAAGAAUUGUGGGAAACUUUGGUUGUGUAUUUGUGGUUCUGAUUUUAAGCAUAAAAGAUCACUCAAAGAUCAUGUUAGAGCUUUUGGUACAAUGGCUCAUGGUCCUGCCUUUUCUACUUCAAGCCAGGGGAAGGAAGAAGUGCAUUUAGAGGUUUGAUAAUGUUAUUUUGGUGCGCAACGACCAGAGAGGCGUCAUCCAUCCGGUGACUUGGUAACAUUCCGGUGCCGGAUUAUGUUGGAUGUGGAAAACUUAAAUAACUUUCAAGCUCUUGAUUUCUAUGAUAUUUAUGCCAAAUACUACUGAAAUUAUUUUGUUAAGUCUUGUUUCUUCUACUAUAUAAGCAUAAGCACCACAAAACGCCAAAGGUCAUAAUAUGUUGCUGCUCGGAUAUAUUGUAGUAGCUAGUAAGGAUCCAGAUGUGGGUGCAUUUUGGUUUCCGGUCCGGAUUCACAUAUGUAUGCUUUCCUAAAUUCUUCUCGUAAUAUUGACGUCUUAAUAUUUAGAACCUCCGUUCUCAGAAAAACAA